AUCAUGUCAAUAAUAAUCCCAAUAAUUCAUCCUUUUUUGCCCAAUUUUCAAUAAUUUACUUAAAGCACUAAAGUAUAAGUUUAUCAUUUAAUUGUUAAUAGUUUUUAGUAGGUUGCAAACUUAGUAACCUCCGUGUUAGUGUAUUCCUUAAAAAAAUAACUCAGGAUUUCAAACAAUGUACUUAGCAAGAAUUUAAAAUGCUUUAUUAAACAUUUAUUUAAACAAAAACCCAAAUAGUUUGCUGAGAGAAUUCUUAUUAUUUAACAAUUUAGAUAAUUUCAAAAAAUGGAGUCCUCUGAUCAAGUGUGUAGUAACAUGGAGGAACACAAUUUUCAAGAUUGGACUGUGAGGUACAGAAGCAGUCACAUCCUCCCUUCAAAAUGUACUGACAACUGUAAAAGUGGAAAUACUGAAUGCACAUUCUGUAGGUACAACCACGAGCUCAAUCUCACCCACUUGCCAGAAAUGGUGUUUCCAAAUAAUAUUUUACAGUUAGUGCAUAAGUCUGGAUGCUCAGUUGAGUUCAACGCGUUUGAUGCCUUGAAGCUUGUCAAGUCAGAGAACAUGAACGUUAAAAUCUCCUGUGCUGAGACCUGGAAAAGAGCCAGGGAGGAUACUGGACUAGUGGAAAGGACAGUAGGUGAUUUUGAUUGGACGUUCCAAACUAAUUACAAAGGUACAUUUUCAAAUUUGGAUGUUCAUGACUCUGAAGUAGGCAUUGAUAUGGAAAAAUUGAGGCAAAAAGAAGAAAUUUUAUUAUAUCGCAAUUUAACCUUAUUUGAGGAUGAAUUACACGAUAAUGGAAUAGCAGUAUGCUCUGUUAGAAUAAGGGUGAUGCCUUCUGGAUUUUUUAUUCUACUGAGGUACUUUCUAAGGGUUGACAACGUUAUUAUUGUUGUCAACGAUUCAAGAAUUUAUCACGAUUUUACAACAGAUUAUAUUAUUUUAGAGACUGCACAAAGAGAAAAUAAAGUCAGCGAUCUUAGGGUACCAAUUGGAGUUAUGAAUGAACCUGAUGAAGUCACACCACUUCUGGCUUUGAAAAGUUCAAAGUGCCAAAAACUGGUUAUACCAAAAUGUGAUUUAUAAACGAGAAAUAUAAUUUGUAUAAAUAGAA